AUGGGUGAUCUUCACGUAGUUGGAGGAAUCACGAAGCUCAACAACAAAAAUUACAACACGUGGGCGACAUGCAUGGAGUCUUAUCUGCAAGGUCAAGAUCUUUGGGAUGUCGUCGGGGGCAACGAUGUUGCACAACCACGAGAAGACAAUAGCGACGCUUUGCGUAAGUGGAAGAUCAAAGCAGGUAAAGCCAUGUUUGCCCUGAAGACAACAAUUGAAGAAGAAAUGUUGGAGCACAUAAGGAAAGCCAAAACACCAAAGGAAGCAUGGGACACCUUUGCAACACUCUUUUCAAAAAGGAAUGACACAAGACUACAACUUCUUGAGAACGAGCUGCUAUCCGUUGCACAACGUGACAUGACGAUUGCUCAGUACUUCCACAAGGUAAAGUCCACAUGCCGUGAAAUUUCUGAUUUAGAUCCUAAUGCUGCUAUUGUGGAGUCUAGGAUAAAAAGGAUAAUUAUCCAUGGUCUGAGACCCGAAUACCGAGGCUUCGUUGCCGCUGUACAAGGGUGGCCUACUCAACCAUCACUUGUUGAGUUUGAAAAUUUGCUUGCCGAUCAAGAAGCUAUGGCUAAGCAAAUGGGAGGGGUCUCGUUAAAAGGAGAGGAGGAAGCGCUCUACUCCAACAAAAGUAAAGGCAACUUCAAGCAACACUUUGGUAAUGGAUCUAAAAGAGAUGGUGACAAGGCGAAAAGUCAUCAAGGAGAAGGAAGUUCUCGGCCAGGGGGAGCUUCAAGGUUUCACGGCAACCGUGGUCAAUCCAAGAAUACUAAAAGAUUCGAAGGUAAAUGCUACAACUGCGGAAAGAAGGGCCACAUGGCGAAAGAUUGUUGGUCCAACAAAAGGCCCGCUGAGAGUAAUACUGCUACUUCCAACUCAAAGGAGAAAAGUGAGGAUGAUUGGGACGCGGAAGCAUCUCUUGCUAUAGAGGAAGAGGAGAUAGCUCUCACUGUGACGUCACCUGAAAGGAUUGACUACAAGAAUGAUUGGAUUAUCGACUCAGGCUGCUCAAAUCACAUGACAGGUUACCGAUAA